GUUUUGUCAAGUGUUAUGUGGUUUUUAUUCGAACAGCAUUCGUCCAGUCCAGUUCUGCCACUCUAAUCAUAACUAACAUUUUUUGAGGGCUUCCGUGCUAAGGGCUUUACGGGGACUGUCUCCUUUAAGUCUUAUACCCGUCCUUUAGGUAGGAGCUGUUCUAACUCUAUUUUAUAGGCGAGGAAACGUAAGGCCACAACUGGUCAGCAUCUUCGCUUUUAGAUACUCCUGUAUUGUACGCCUUCCCGUGGGUUAGAUACUCUGAAAUACACCAUAUUUUAAGGUUUGUUUUUGUACAUCCCAGGGAGCAGUGAUCACAUUGAAUUCUUUUCUGAGAGACCAAUGUGGAGCCUCCGGAUUUUGAUCGGAGAAAGUUAUCUCGGUUUUCAGACAGUAUUGAAAGACAGAGAAGGGUUCCAUGGGUUCAUUUUCUGUCCUGUCUUAAGGAGUGAACUUUUCCCUCUCAUCUCUGUUCAUUUUGGAGCUGGUGCACGUCAGUUUCAGGUUGUUUCCGCAAUAUCAGUGAAAGCAGAGCCUUUCACCUGUGGCCACGUGGCACUCAGCAUUGCAGGGGGCCGUUCUAGUUGUUAACCGGGUGGAAGGCAGUAAUUGACGGGGUGCAGCACAGGUGUGUCAUGAAUUCCGUGGACCUCAGUGGCUUUAGUUAUGAAGGGAGGAAGUUGCAUGAUCUUUGGGUUCCUCCCCAGACUGAGCUGUUCUGUUCAUCUGUGGAGUCUGGUAGCCAGGGCAUGUCACAGGGAACAGGACAGGCAAGGGCUUUGCCCCAUGAGCUGCUCUCCUUUGAGGGCUUGGUGACUUGUAGGCUGAGGGGGGCAUGGGAAGGCUGGAGAUGAAGUAGCAGACUGCUUUAUAGUUAAAAGAUGUGCCCUUUCAACUAUAGUCAGCACUCCUCAAGGGGAAGCUUAUGUUCUGGAAGUUUCUAUGAGUUAUUUUUUCAUUCAGUGAGCUUCCUACAUGGUUCCUGCCACACAAGACAACAAAUGUGUCCGUAGCAUGUUAGGCGGUUAUAUGAGGUAUGAAGGAAGAGGAAGCAGAACAAAGGAAGUAGGAAACGAAGAGAAGGGGUGGAGGAGGGUAAAUGUCACGUUAUCUUAGGCGGGGUAAUCGACUUCUGAAGGAAGUGAGGAUUGAGCUGCGGGCAGAUUCACAGGCGCCUGGUGGGGCUGUACCUGUGUGCCAGGGUCACCUGAUUUGUGAUCUUACAAAGAAAGGACCGUGGUACUUUGCUUGUUAAAGGGAGACUUGCUGUGCACAGCUUCACGUGUUGGCUUUGCAUAUCCAAACACCAAGAAUGGGUGGUAGACCCCUGUCUUUGAGAGCUGCAUCUGACCUAAUGUGGUCCCCUAACCAAAUCAGAAAAAGACUAAAUUAUAAAUUAAAAUAAAGGAAUUGGAUAUUUUCUCAAGUUUUGGAGGCCUGAAGAUCAUACUUUGUCCUUCUCGGGCUGGAGGCCGCCUGACAGCGAGACUGGGCGCCAGAAUCCUCGUCACACACCUCCAGCUCCCAGUGACCUUACCUCAGGCGCUCACCAGCCUCUCUGAACUUCUGCGUUCCCACCCCGCAGGGGGAUGGCAGCACCUGCUUCCUCAGGGUGGGCACUGAAGAGCGGAGGAGGCGACCGAAGCGCCUGGCACCCAACCAGGGCCCAGGACCACCACCUUCUCUGCGCCUUUGCCUAGACUUCCCCUCACAGUGACAGCCUUUGUGACAUCAGUGCCUCCUGGGAAUCCGCUUUCAGCAGUUGGCUCUGUGGAAGAGACAGACGUCAGUUUCCCAGUGGCUGUGUUCAAAACCACCCAAAGGUGGACCGGCUGGAAGUCGUGAACAAACAGUUUGUGGGUGUUAUUACUGCCCCUGGGACAUCGUCUGAGGAACAGUCUUCCGCGUAGCGCAGGACCCUCAUAAAGCUAUAACAGUGCUUCAGCUUUGCCGAGUAACCCGUGCCAGCUACCAGCUGAGAUCUGGAAGGGGGAAGAAUAAAAUGACGGAGGAGGGCGACGCCAGCUGUCGAUGGGCAUUUAUACUUCGACCUCAGACCUAAGCCUGUGGUUUGGGGCCAGGACAGAAGUUCGUGUGGUUCAACAUCGGCAGCGUGCACACCUUCGAGCGCAACCUGGAGACCGUCCACUGGGAAGUGGGCAUCGAGCUCCCGGAGCAGACGGCCGUGGUCUACACCACCGAGAGCGAUGGGUCUUUCUUGCGAAGCCUGGUGCCCGCCUUUCUCCUGAUCGGAAUCCUCCUCUAUGUCGCAAGGAGGGGCCCGAUGGGGGCUGGGCAUGGCAGGAGAGGAGGGGGCCUCUUUACCGUUGGCGAGACCACAGCCAAGAUCAUGAAGAACAACGUCGGCGUGCGCUUUGCAGACGUGGCUGGUUGCGAAGAAGCCAAGUUGGAGAUCAUGGAGUUUGUGAAUUUCCCGAAGAAUCCCAAGCAGUAUCAGGACCUCGGGGCCAAAAUUCCAAAGGGAGCCAUGCUCACUGGUCCUCCUGGUACCGGCAAAACGCUUCUCGCCAAGGCGACUGUAGGGGAGGCCAGUGUGCCCUUCAUCACCGGGAACGGGUCCGAGUUCCUGGAAAUGUUUGUCGGCGUCGGUCCAGCUCGGGGUUCAGCUCUACCACGAGCGUCAUGGUGCUGGCGGGCACCCACCGCCCCGACAUCCUUGACCUGGCCCUGACGCGGCCCGGCCGGUUUGACCGUCAGAUUUGCAUUGGCCCCCCUGACAUCAAAGGCAGGUCGUCCAUCUUCAGGGUCCACCUGCGUCCACUCAAGUUGGACGAGAGCCUCAGUGAGGACGCCCUGGCGAGGAAGCUUGCGGCCCUCACUCCAGGCUUCACAGGUGCUGAUAUUUCUAAUGUUUGCAACGAAGCGGCCCUGAUCACCACCCGCCACCUGAGUCCUUUUGUCCAGGAGAAGCGCUUGGAGCAGGCGGUUGAGAGGGUCGUCGGAGGUCUCGAGAAGAAGACGCAGGUCCUACAGCCCAGCGAGCAGACAACGGUGGCCUACCGUGAGGCUGGCCACGCGGUGGUGGGCUGGUUCCUGGAGCACGCAGACCCCCUGCUCAAGGUGUCCAUCAUCCCCCGGGGCAAGGGGCUCGGGUACGCCCAGUGCCUGCCCAGGGAGCAGUACCUGUACACGCGGGAGCAGCUCUUCGACCGCAUGUGCGCCAUGCUGGGUGGCCGGGUGGCCGAGCAGCUGUUCUUCAGGCAGAUCACCACGGGGGCCCAGGACGACCUGAGGAAGGUCACCCAGAGUGCCUACGCCCAGAUUGUGCAGUUCGAGAUGAGCGAGAAGCUGGGCCAGGUGUCCUUCGACCUCCCCUGGCCUGGCAAGGCACUGGUGGAGAAGCCAUACAGCGAGGCCACGGCCCAGCUCAUCGACCAGGAGGCUCGGCGGCUGGUCAGCUCUGCGCACACGCACACCCUGGACCUGUUGACGCGCUCCCGGGAGCGGGUGGACGAGGUGGGCAGGCGGCUGCUGGGGAAGGAGGUGCUGGAGCGUGCCGACAUGGUGGAGCUGCUUGGGCCCCGACCCUUGGCGGAGAAGACCGCCUACGAGGAGCUCGUGGAGGGCACCGGUGGCCUGGAGGACACGUCCCUUCCCCAGGGGCUGAAGGGCUGGUGCUGGGGGCCGGAGGAGGGCGGCACGGAGUGCCCCCUGCAGGAGAGCCCAGCCUAGCGCCCCUGCCUGGAGAGCAGCCUCCGGAAUCUCCAGAGAGCAAAUUAAAACGCGUGAUAAUCACAAAUGGGUGUUUUCAGGUCAGGGUCCUCUGAGCCCACGGGGAUUCCAGCUCCCAGAACGUGCCCUUCCACCGAGGCGGGGGCUGGGACCCUGUUCCCGAGUCAGAGGGGAGGGCAGUGGCCGAAACGCACCUGCCCCCUGGGGGCCUGCGUGUAGGACCCCCCUGGGCCUCCCCCGAGGUGGGUGGUGGGCUCAUCUGCCGGGGAGAGCUGCCCAGCGCGGGGACAUCGGUGCUGGUCACCACCGCACCUGCCCUGGGGAGAGACGGGGCGGGGGCUUUUGGCCCAGUUCAGAAAUCCUCCAGGUCUGGUGAGGUUCGGAAUUGAGGAAAGGAGGACACUAGCCAGGCGCCAAGCGCGCAGCUGUCAGGGUGCUGGAAGACCAGUUAGUCCUUACGGAGGGGCCUCGCCACUUCCACACGCGGGGUGUCUGUGGGGGCUGAGCCUCAGGGCUGCCCCAGCGGAGCCACCCCUGUUCUCAGGGUCGGGGCCUUGCCAACCCUGCGUCUCCGGGAAGCUGUGUUCCUCGUGGCCCGUGUUGUUAGGGUCCAGGAGAGGGGGCUCUGGGUUGCUCCACGUGGUAGGACAGCCACCGGGGGCCGUAGCUAAGCUCUAGGGCUGAGCCUUCCAUUCCCCGGUUGGUCCUGGAGCGAGACCAGGGCCCAGCCCCGGGGAGUCGGGGUUGGUGGAAAUGGCCCCGCGGGUCCCCAGAACACGGCCAGCGUGUCAGAGUCGUCAGAAUUGUGACAGUAGCAGCAGCUGCUGCCUUGCGGUGGGUGAUGCGGGCUGACUGCGAGAGCAGGGGCACCGCCCCACGUGCCUGCCGCUGCUGUCCCAGCCAUGGCCACACGCUGGGCCUCAGGGAUGAAAUUUGCCAAAUCGUUUGGUAUGUUUGCCUCAAAAAUAGAGUUUCCAGCUUGGGACAAACACUUUCAACUUC